AUGCCUCAGCAACAGAGCCACAACACCGACGCGCAGCAGCCUGGAGGUGAGUAUUUCUAUUCUGCUCUACCUUCAUUCGACCUCCUGUCGCCUAUGGAGACUGUCUGGAACCCGUGGUGCAUGGCCCUCGGCCACUACUGUCCCCCGCAGCCCCGUGGGAUUAUCAUGGACGUCCCCAUAUGCCCUUACGCUAGGCCUACCCUCCACACGUACCUCGACCCAAUUGUCUGCUACGGACCUCCUUUGGAGGCCCCCUCGGAGGUGAUGAAUGGCUAUCCCGACCCGUGGCCACAGCCCGACCAGCCUGGACAGGAAUACUUCUCUCCUUACGGCCCUCCCCCGCCGCAUCCCCCGCCUAUGCCCAUGUCCUUCUGGCAGCCCCCGCCGCCGUCUCCGCCUGUGCAUUACCCGCCCUUCGGCCCGGAGGACAUGAUCCCCGGUUCUCGGCAGCCCGGUUGGUUCCUUGACGGCCUACCUCCAUGCCCCAACGCUGCGUCUGCCCUUCGCACGAUUCACUGGGUGAUUGACUGCUCCUACCAGCGUCCCCACGAUCCCGCUGAGAGCCCCGUCACCCCUGGUGCACUUACCGCCCCUGGGGCACCUCGAAGCCCUGGGAAUGGGCCCUCUCCUCUCUCUUUUGGACAGCCCGACAAGCCUGAGGACGCACACCGGCCCUCCUCUCCACUAACUGUCUCAAAUGCAGACGUGACCGGCCCAGACGGCUGCGAGGUGAAGGUGAGACGGCAUUCAUGGGCAUAG